GAAUCAUCCGCCCUGUUCUCGAAGCUAGGAAGUUCACUUUUUGGGGCCACCAAUUCACCCCAGAAGGUCGUUACUAACAUCCGUGGAUUCCUUUCCAAUCGGCUGACAGGAGUGUCCAUCCCUGAUACAGGUUGCCAGCUUGGACGCGACGGCGACGACCCGACGACGACGGUACUCCACAUGUGAGCGAGAGACAGACGCGAGUAGGCAGGAAGACGAUCCGCCACGGCAAAAAAGCGAUCCCAAAAGUGAAGGGUUCACUUGCUUGGCACCGAGUCGACCCACAUGGUCACCCACAAUCACCGCCAUUAUAAUUACGCUGGCUACGGUGCCGACAACGGCUACAACGACGACGAGGACGACGGCGGUGACUACGAGCAGGUCAGCCAGCAGGAAACAGCACCCCAAUGAUGCCCGGCUUAGAAAGGUCCAUCAACGUGACACCGCAAAUCGCCGCAGACAGCUAAGAGCAUCGCCAUCGGUGUGGGCUGAGGUCACUCGGAUCUCGAACUGAUCAAACGGGGGCAAAAAGUGGAACGUUAAUCGAUCCCUCGAUCGACCCCACAGCUGCAAAUAGAAACAAAUUAACGGAUUGAGCAAUCGUUCCGUGUGUGAAUAGACUGACAUUAGGAAUACGCGAUGGCGCCGCUACCGAUCAUCAACCUCGAGCCGGCCGAGGUGAAGGAAAUCUUCUGGACCAAAGUGCAGGAACCGACGUCCCAGAGGAAGCUGAUUCUGGUCAUCGUUUCGAUCGCACUGCUGUUAGAUAAUAUGUUGUAUAUGGUGAUCGUGCCGAUCAUUCCGGACUAUCUGCGAUACAUUGGAACAUGGGGACCGGAAGAGCCGGUCAAUGCAAGUGCCCCAACGACUGUGUUUACGCCGCACGCCCACGCCCACAACGGGCAGGACUCCGCAACGGGAGUCCUUUUCGCAUCGAAAGCCAUCGUGCAGCUGAUGGUGAAUCCGUUCUCCGGAGCGUUGAUCGACAGGAUUGGGUACGAUCUGCCGAUGAUGGUCGGUCUGCUGAUCAUGUUCCUCUCGACGAUGGUGUUCGCAUGCGGAAGAAGUUACAGUAUGUUGUUCUUUGCUCGAUCCCUGCAGGGAGUAGGGUCGGCCUUCGCGGACACUUCCGGUUUGGCAAUGAUUGCUGAUCGAUUUACGGAAGAAUCGGAACGUUCCAAGGCGCUGGGUAUAGCGCUGGCGUUCAUCAGCUUCGGGUGUCUGGUGGCGCCACCAUUCGGAGGGGCUUUGUAUCAGUUUGCGGGGAAGGAAGUUCCGUUUAUAAUUCUGGCACUGAUAUCAUUGAUGGAUGGGUUCAUGUUGCUGCUGGUGAUGAAACCAAUUAAGGAGAUAUUGGCCGAACGACAAGAGGUCAAACAGGACACUAUUCCAAUCUGGCGACUGUUGAUCGAUCCGUAUAUUGCGGUUUGUGCAGGGGCGCUCACCAUGUCCAACGUGGCGUUGGCUUUCCUGGAGCCGACAAUUUCGCUGUGGAUGGAGGACACACUAACGAACGACAACUGGAAGAUCGGUAUGGUUUGGCUACCGGCGUUCUUCCCGCACGUAAUCGGUGUGGUGAUAACGGUCAAGAUGGCACGAAAAUACCCGGAAAAACAAUGGCUCAUGGCAGCUGGCGGUCUCGCGCUGGAAGGUUUGUGCUGCUUUGUGAUUCCCUUCAGCUCGUCCUACAUCUUUCUGAUGGUUCCGAUCUGUGGCAUAUGCUUCGGAAUUGCACUCAUCGAUACGGCACUGCUUCCAACGCUCGGAUAUCUGGUGGAUGUCCGAUAUGUAUCCGUCUACGGCAGUAUAUAUGCCAUUGCUGACAUCUCCUACUCGAUAGCGUACGCCGUCGGUCCGAUCAUAGCCGGCGGUGUCGUGGAAGCCAUUGGGUUCACGGCCCUCAACUUUGGCAUAGCGUUUUCCAAUCUACUGUACGCUCCCGUUCUCUACUAUCUGCGUAACAUCUACGAUUUCAAGCACUUCGAAAACGAAGCCAACGUCCUGAUGGGAGAUCCUCCGACCAAAGAGUACCAAACGUACACCAUGCAGGACCAACAGGCGGUGGGAACGGAGUACAAGAAUCAUCUGGAAUACGGCCGCCCGCAGGAUGACGGCGGUUACCAACAACAUCAAGAGACCAACAUCGAUCAGGGGUACUCGCAGAAUGGAAGCUACGACCAGUAUCAACAACAGUCGGGUGGUUAUCAAAACUAUCAGCCCGGCUAUCAGGAACAGGGUGGAGUCUACCAACAGCAGCAGCAGCAGCAAUCAUCGAGACAUCUUCCACAGCAACCGGUGGCCAAUCCGUUCCGGCAGCAGGAGCAACAGCCGCAGCAGCAAGCGCCACCGCAACCACGGAUUUCCAAUCCGUUUAGGCAAGGUUUUUAAAUUGUUCGUUGUGAUUGUUUAUCGUUUCUUUGUUUAUCCUAUGGUGCGUUAGUAUAGUGUUAAGAAUAUUGUUCAGAAUGAGGGAAAGAAUGCGGGACGGUGCGAAAGAAGCGAUAGAGGAAGAAUACAGCUGGGAAAGUGCAGCAAUCUGUUGGAAGAAGUUAUGUUGAGAGAAAUUCUUAUGUUCGUAUAGUCGCUAAGUGUUGAGUUAUCAACUCUGUACCCAAGCUUCUGCUGCAUAUUAACAGUAUCGGAAAUAUUCACACAAGCUAGGAGAAGGCGUAUUCAAAAGGUAUAGACGAAUCUGUACAGAUAUAUUUGAAAUAAAAAGGUUAAGGCACUACCACGUAAGGACCUAGCUCGAUAAGAAGCCUCGCGGGCGUCCCGCUCGCUCGGAACUGCAUCAAUAUCGUAGACAUAUCAAAUCAAGGUUACACACUCUACUCGGGUGCAGGGAUGGCCAGUUUUGGGACGUCCCACGUGAGGCAUUUCAGUUCCAGUAAGCUUUCAGUUGGACUAUCCACGACGUUUUCAUAACAUAAGAUACAACCAAGGUAGAACGAUACAUAUCAGAGCUUCGGCUCGCCUGAAUUUACCAAAGUGAUAUUAUACGAAAAUUAUUACUUUUAAUAUAUAAGUAGGGCAUCACAAAGGAAUCGCCUAGCCGGGACGGGCUCCAUUUAUCGGAGACGGCCGGCGACAACGAUCUCGCUCUAUCCUCUAUACAGUUUUACGUAGCAUUUAAGGAUUAGGGUCUAUACAUAAGAUAAAAACUUAUCAAAUUAUCCGAAGGAUUUACAAACAUUGCAAACAACUAACAGAACAGAACCACGCGAACCGUAAAGUAUAAGUUCAAAGCAGCAGCAGCAGUAGUAACUCGAAUCUUUGUGUAAAUUAUUCCUUUUUUCGGUUCGACCACAAGUGUGUGAAACAAAAGGAAAUACGAUCUCUAAUGAUAUCAAUUAAAAUAGUUAAACUAAAUUACAGGAGCGUUACGGCGCCAGGGCCCUGGCCCCCGGCCCGUCAGCUCCCACAUGUAUUGAAUAUUAUUAUACAGAACAGAUAGUAGCAUAUAUUAAACACAUAAAUAUACAUAUACACAGCUGGAGAUGAUGUAUUUUUUAGGGAAAACACAUUCACGCAAACUGUCCCAUAACAGGAGAAGGAAAAACCAAUUGUGGAGUACUUUGAGAAUAGGCUUUCGUGAGUUUAAAAAAAUCGACGUGUUUAUUUUGCUACUUUUUAUUACUAGAAAUACUGCAGUAGAAUUAUUGAACUUCG